AUGGCGAGCUUGACUGCAUCCAAUGCUGCGGCGUACUCACACCACCAAGUUUUGCGUGCAACGGUGCACAGACUCACCUACACUAUCCAGGUGGCCAUAUCUCGGCGAGUGCAGAGGUACAAGCUUGCAUUGCGCGGGCGUCAAGACGCCGAAAACAGGCGAACAAGAUCGACCUCGGACCAGUCAACGCCAAUGAUAUGGGGAUGGAGUGUAGACGCAUCGUAGAACGCGUUUUCGUUUGAAGUUGGCGUCUUGUUUGAGAGUAGAUGUGACAGAUUUGCGUAGAAUAGGGUAAGAUGUUAUCAUGAACGGAGAUGAAAGGGCUUUUCCAACACGGAGAUGUAGCAUGGAUCAAAGCAUUUGUUGGAUUUCAGCUUUUACAAGCGGACAUCAACGCAGUAGUAUUUUAGCAAGCUUACGAACGCAUAUAGGAUACCAUCAGGAUU